GCAAACAUUGCCAUCUAGGGUUUAACAUCUCUCUCUCUCUCUCUCUCUCUCUCUCUCUAUGUGCAACAUUUUCCUAACGACCAUCUCCUUCAAUCCGUAUUCUAUUCAAAUCCAGCUUCUGAGUCUUCUCAAUUCAAUCGCGGAACAUCAAAAUAUGCGCAAAAGGUGUGAACUUUCCGUGUGUAAGUAGCUUCUCUCAAUCUGCACAAAAGGUGUGAACUUUCCAUAUCUAAGUAGCGUCUCUCUCUCUCUCUCUCUCUCUCUCUCUCUCUCUCUCUCUCUCUCUCUCAAUUCAUUUCCUCAUCAGAUAGCUUUGUAAAAACCUAACUUUAUCUGGGUAUAGUCGAGAUUUCUAUUUAUUUGGUCAUCUUAUCUAGAAUCAAGCUGAAAUUUUUGUUAGUGGGUGUGAGGGAAUUUUAUGGGGAAAUCUGGAAGUAGGAAAAAGAAGGGUGGUGUAAGCCAAAACCAAGAUUCAGUAGCUAGCAAUCCAACCCCUAAAGCCAAUGGUGUUGUGGAUUUGGACCCCUCAGUUUUGUUGAAAAGAGCCCAUGAGCUGAAAGAAGAAGGGAACCUAAGGUUUCAGAACAAAGACUACGUGGGUGCUCUUGAACAAUACGAAAAUGCCCUAAAACUCACCCCCAAAACCCACCAGGACCGAGCCGUGUUUCAUAGCAACAGGGCUGCCUGUUUAAUGCAGAUGAAGCCCAUAGACUAUGACAGUGUGAUUGCCGAGUGUUCUAUGGCACUUCAGGUCCAGCCCGGGUUCGUCCGGGCACUCUUAAGGAGGGCUAAGGCUUUUGAAAUGACUGGAAACUACGAAAUGGCGAUGCAAGAUGUUCAGAGACUAUUGGGUGUUGAACCAACUCACAGGGAUGCUCUUGAGAUUUCCCAGCGGUUAAGGAUGGCGCUUGGGCCUCGCCAGGUGGCCCAACAGGACCUUCAGAGCCGCCCUUCCCCGGCGGCUCUUGGGGCUUCCGCGGUUCGUGGGGCUCCCAUUUCUGGUCUUGGGCCUUGUUUACCGGCAAAGCCAGUGCCAAAGAAGCUGGCAGCUUCCCCUGUGGGAUCAGUUGUAUCGCCUAAUAAUAAGCCGGAUAAGCCCCAAUCAAUUCCACUGGGUGACAAUCGUUCGGAGGGUAAAACCCAAUUCCCAAAGCUUGUUUUGAAACCUUCAAAUGGUUCUACCAAAUCCAAUGCUGCUAAGGGUGACCAAAAGGAGCUGAAAUCUUCAUCUGUACCAUUCGAGACUGCCAUUAGAUGGAGGCCGUUGAAGCUUGUUUAUGACCAUGACAUUAGACUUGCCCAAAUGCCUGUUAAUUGCAAUUUUAGAGUGUUGAGGGAGAUUGUAACCAGUCGCUUUCCAUCUUCAAAAUCAGUUUUGAUUAAAUAUAAAGAUAGGGAUGGUGAUUUGGUGACUAUAACCUGUAUGGGUGAGCUCAGAUUGGCAGAGUCAUGCGUUGACAGCCUAAUUGCGAAAGAACCCGAUACUGAUAAGACUGACUCAAUAGGGAUGUUGAGAUUGCAUAUUGUUGAGGUGAGUCCUGAGCAGGAGCCGCCUAUAUUGGAAGAGGAGGAGGAAAAGCCUCUUGAGAGUGAGGGGAUCAAAGGAGAUGAGAGUGGCUCUCAAUCUUCUCUGGGUGAUUCUAUUGUGGAAACUGUGGACACGGAAAUUGGUAAGCCAGAGAAGGAAGCUCCAAAGGAAAAACCCUCAGAAGACCCUGAGUCCAAGGAAGUGGAGAUGGACGACUGGUUAUUUGAAUUUGCUCAGUUGUUUCGGACCCAUGUGGGUAUUGACCCAGAUGCACAUAUUGACCUGCACGAGCUAGGGAUGGAGUUGUGUUCUGAAGCCCUUGAAGAGACGGUAACCAGUGAAGAGGCUCAAACCCUUUUUGAUAAGGCCGCCUUAAAGUUCCAAGAGGUUGCCGCGUUGGCUUUCUUCAAUUGGGGAAAUGUUCAUAUGUGUGCUGCAAGGAAACGGAUUCCCAUAGAUGAUUCUGCGGCAAAAGAGCUGGUGGCAACACAGAUUCAAGAAGCUUAUGACUGGGUGAAGGAAAAAUAUUCUCUGGCCAAAGAGAAGUAUGAGGAGGCACUCGUGAUUAAACCAGACUUCUAUGAGGGGUUACUUGCAUUGGGUCAACAGCAAUUUGAGAUGGCAAAGCUUCAUUGGUCCUAUGUACUAGCUAAGAAAGAGGAUCUCUCGAAAUGGGAUUAUAAGGAAACAAUUGAACUUUUUGACAGUGCGGAGGAGAAAAUGAAAUCUGCUACUGAGAUGUGGGAGAAAAUGGAGGAGCAGAGAGCUCGCGAGCCAAAAGAACCAAGUGCGAUCAAGAGGGAGGAAUUGUUAAGGAGGAAAAAGAUACAAGGAAGCGGGAAUGAAGCUGAGUCCUCUGGAAAUGAUGGUCAAGUGGAGAUUUCAGCUGAUGAAGCGGCGGAACAGGCAGCGGUGAUGAGAUCACAGAUACAUCUGUUCUGGGGUAACAUGCUUUUUGAGCGUUCUCAAGUUGAGUGUAAACUAGGGUUGAAUGGUUGGGAAAAGAAUUUGGAUGAUGCUGUUGAAAGAUUUAAGCUUGCUGGUGCUUCUGAGGCUGACAUUUCAAUGGUUUUGAAAAAUCAUUGCUCCAAAGGUGAUAACGUUGAUGGAGGUGAGAAGAAGGUUGUGACCCUAAGCAUUGAUAUGGCCAAUAAAGCGGAUGAUGAAGCCAAGUCAAGUCAAGUAUCGAUCGACUGAGUGAACACCUUCAAUUGUUUACAUUUUCAGUUUCUCCUAUUAACGAGUUUGGAUUGGAGAGUGGAGCUGGCUAUUCUUCUCAGCAGAUGGUCGUCUUGUGGGAGUUUCUGUUUCCUCUUUUGAAUAAUUUGGAAAUUAGGUGCCAACACCAAAGAGCUGUGUACUCUUCCAGAAGCUGAAAUGAAAAUUGGAUUUACCUACUUUCAAGUGGACUGUGUUAUGGUGGCCGAAGUAGUGGUGCUUUUCCAAACAAGAGUCCUGUUUAUGCAGUGUCCAUUUCGACAAUUUGUUGGGAAAAAGCUUUGAAGAUGACCUGAUGUGGAGAAAGUUAGGAAAUUUGUUAUUCCUCUUCUAUUGUACUUUUAGGAGCUCCAGUAGCAAAUUAUGAAAGAAAGCCAAGCUCAAGAUUUUUGGCGGGCCAUCAGGCAUCAAGUACUAACCUUUUAUUACAAGGUGACUCGGGAAGCUUUGCGAUGCGGUUGUAAUACUAGGUUGAGAUGGAAUGGAAGUGAUGCGUUAAUAGGCUUUUGUGGCUGGUUUAUUGCUUGAUGAUGUUCGAGAACUUAGAUGUACAGGAGGUUUAACUACUUGGACCUGUGUCACUUCACCAUCCUACCAGAAUCAUGAGGUAACAACUCCUAUAUUGUACUCCCUCCAUCUCCAUUCUUUUGUCCAUUUUGGGAGUCCGUGUCAUUUUUCAAUUGAUUAUAUCUUCCAAUCUAUAAUAUUUUAGUAAGUGAUUUUGAAAACAUCGUUUAAAAGAGCUCAUUGAGAUUUAUCAAAUAAGAUUUAUAUUGUAUAUAAACGAUAUUACCAAUUAAAAGUUAUUAUUAGUUUUUUAUUCGGUUAGAAUUGGACGAGGGACAAUAAAAUGUUGGGACGGAGGGAGUAUCUGAUUUUGAUGGUUCUAUAUCAGUGAGAGCAUCAAAUACCCGAUUUUUAGCUUCUUUUUAGAAGAGAGAAAAACAUGAUGCACCUGAAUGGCAAAAAGCCGAUCAAAAAAUAA